UUCAACUUCUUUUGUGUUUAACAAGCUCUUUUUGAUUUCUCUCAAGAUUCGAUCUGGAAUUUUGCCCUCGCCUGUCACUCUUUCGCUCGCUAGUUGCUCUUACAAAAGAGACAAUCUGACCUGACCUUGGACCCUCGAUCCGCUUUCGACAGAUCAACCGACACAUUCACCUGGGUGCCACUUUGGUGGCGGUUUCUUUUGCGACAGGACUCGAUCUUUCAUUCGGCGAACGGAAUUGACUUUGUCAUAAACUCGACUAUACUUUCUGCAAGACCUCACUCUCGCCGUUUUCAUCGUCCAAGAUGGCAAAGACACGCCUUAUGAACGAACUGCAGGCAUUGCAGAAAGAAAAGUGGUGCACCGUAGAGCCCUGCGAUGGAUCCAACAUCUUCAAAUGGACGGUUGGCCUCAUGGUCGUCAACUCCGACAGUUACUAUGACGGCGGCUACUUCAAGGCUCAGAUGUCCUUCCCCUCGAACUACCCCAUGAGCCCGCCCUCAUUCAAAUUCCUGCGCCCAAUCUACCACCCGAACAUCUACCCCGACGGCAGGAUCUGCAUAUCGAUCCUUCACCCCGCCGGAGAAGACGAGAUGUCUGGCGAGUCCGCGACAGAGCGUUGGACAUCAGUGCAGAGCGUCGAGUCCGUUCUCCGUUCCAUCCUAUUGCUCAUGGAUGACCCAGAGGUCUCGUCACCCGCCAAUGUUGACGCUGGCGUGCUAUACCGCAACGAUCGUGCUGCCUACAUCGAUAAGGCUCAUGAGGAUGUUGAGAAGAGCAAGACUGAUAUCCCGGAAGGCUUUGUUCUUCCCACCACCUUGGUGGAUGCUCCGCCGCAGAAGUUCAACGACGAUGACGGCUUCUGGAAUGAGAGCGAUGGCGAGGACGACUUUGGAGGCAGCGACAGCUCGGGAGAAGACGCUGAGAUGAACGAUGACUUUGAUGAGGACGAGGACGCAGAUGGAGACCAAGAGUUUGAGGAUAGUGAUGAGGAUCCGGCCGUUGCCAAGGAGUAAAUGGACACUCGGCGAAUGCAACUGCUGAAGUUAUAUUAUAUACUCGGCCAACCGCAACAACUUUAUCCUCCAUACAUGUCGUACGAUCGACUAUUGCUCAGGCCACCAACAGAGACCUGAGUUUUGCGGAGGCAUAUUCCCUUUCUUUUCAUUUAUUUUAAGGCGCACAAAUUAUAUCGGCAAGAUAGGCGGACCUUUGUCGUCAUACUAGGAGGCGCUUUCAAUGCAUAUUGAUGGCCAGGUGUUAUCGGCGGCAUAGGACGGUGUGGUGUGUGUGAUUUGCAUGGGUGGAGUUAUACGUCAGCAGGAGAAUAUGGAGGAGCAUUAGAUCAAUCAGACUUGAGAGGAAUAUUAGAUCAAUAUAUGUUAAUAUCUGAC